AUAUAUAUAUAUAUAUAUAUAUAUACAUAUAUAUAAAAUAUACAUUCAAAUACACAUAUGUAUAGAUCUUUUUAUACGCUCCGUUUAUCUAUAUAAUAUUUAUAUAUAUUUAUGUAUCUAUGUAGUAUAUACUUAUACACAAUUCGUACAUGAUACAAGAUAAACGAAACAGAUCAUAAAAUUAUAUAUGAAAUUUUAUUUUAUAAUUCCAUAAUGUAUAUAGCAUAUAACGUUUCGUUUUUAUUCAUAAUUCCAUGUAUUCUUUUCAAAAAUAUAAUUCUGUUUGAACGGAUACAUUACAGGUGUAAAGCAUGAUAAAUAAUUUCGAAAUCGAAUUGAUAUAUUUCGUAUGUACAUUGAUUUAUGUCGAUUAAAUUUGUUGUAUAAUUAUCAUAAAUGUUUGCGUAACAAGUGCGCAGUGGAGGCGUCGAAAUUGCGUCGUUCCUGAUGAUGAGUACUGUAUCUAGGGAUUAUCCUCAGCGUUUUGGAAACGCAAAUGACAGCGAAUGAUCGAGGGCCGAUCCUGCCGAAAAGUAACCGCGAAAAGUAGGUGGCCCCCGGGGGAGGGGGGGUAGAAAUCGGGGGAAAAUCAAUAGAGUGCGGCGCGGCACGAUCGUGGAUCGCGCGCUCACGCGCCUCUUGGAGGUUAUGUCGCCCGUGAAUUACGACACUCGGCAAGCCGUCUUCGCACGCCGAUCGCCCGUACUGUUCUAUUUUCGUUGCGGCGAAAAUUGUUUAUUCUCGCUGGUGGUCGCCGUGGGCGCCGCGCGUUACGCACUAUAAUGCAUCUGAAUGCGAGGGGGAGCCGCCGCCACGAGAGCGCCGUGAGAUAGUAGACAAAAAUGGGCAGGAAAAAGGCUCAUCCUACGUCCAGGGGUAAACAACCGGGCCCGUCACCGCAGCAGCAGAGGCACUUGUCCGCGGCGAAGAGGAACGAGCUUAAUGCUCUGUGCGAGAAACUCUUUCAUCUGAGCAGCAACCCAGCGUACGUGACACAGUCAUGGAACAACUACUUGGAUAUAUCGCAAGUUCUGCUGAAGGUUAAACGCCUGGAGGAGAUGAAGACGGAAUCGUCCCAGCGAUCCCAGGGGAUUGGACCAUUUAUAAAUUGGUUGACGGAGAAUGGGGCACGGGUGGAUGGCCUGAGCAUCGCUGAAUUUCCAGGAUACGAGCUGGGAUUGAAAGCAGAAACCGAUUUCAUCGAGAGCCAGUUGAUCCUGGAAAUACCCAGGACACUUAUCUUUAGCACUUAUACCGCAGCAUCAGAGUUGACAGUUCUGCAAAAUGAUCCAUUGAUACAGCAUAUGCCGCAGGUGGCACUGGCCAUAGCGCUUCUCAUAGAGCGAUACAAGGAGAACUCCAAGUGGAAGCCUUACUUGGAUAUGCUUCCAAGUAGUUAUAAUACAGUUUUAUACAUGAAGACUAAUGACAUGAUUGAGCUAAAAGGCAGUCCUACGUUAGAGGCUGCACUGAAACAAUGUCGAAACAUCGCGAGACAGUAUUCUUACUUUAACAAAGUGUUUCAAAAUACCAACAACGCCGUCUCAGCGAUACUUAAAGACGUUUUUACUUACGAAAAAUAUUGCUGGGCGGUCUCCACGGUGAUGACGAGGCAGAACCUGGUCCCGAGUCCGGAUGGCUCGCGCAUGAUACACGCUUUAAUCCCGAUGUGGGAUAUGUGCAAUCACGAGAACGGAAGGAUUACGACGGACUUCAACGGGACCUCGGACCGCUGCGAGUGCUACGCGCUGAGAGAUUUCAAGAAAGGGGAACAGGUGUUCAUAAGUUACGGGCCGAGGACCAACUCCGAUUUCUUCGUGCACUCGGGCUUCGUCUGCGUAGAUAACGAGCACGACGGGUUUAAGCUUCGUCUCGGGAUUAGCAAAGCGGAUUCCCUUCAAAAGGAGCGAAUAGAGCUGUUGAGUAAACUGGAUUUGCCGUCAGUGGGAGAAUUUUUAUUGAAACCCGGUACGGAGCCCAUCUCUGACACUCUAUUGGCCUUCCUGCGAGUGUUCAGUAUGCGAAAAGCCGAGCUCGCGCAUUGGUUACGCUCGGACAAGGUCUUCGACCUGAAGCACGUGGACUGCGCGUUGGAGACGGUCGUCGAGGAGAAUGUCAGAAAAUUUUUACUGACCAGGCUGCAGCUUUUAAUCGCUAAUUAUCCGACAACACUGAAGGAGGAUCUAGAAUUAUUGGAGACUACGUUACCGCAGAUGAAAAGGAUGGCGGUUCAAUUGAGAGUCACGGAAAAGAGAAUUCUUUCGGGCGCGCUCGAAUACGUGGAGCAGUGGAUAAAGGCUUGAAAUCGGCUGUGGUUUUGGCGGGGAUAUCGAACAUAUACUUGUGACUAAAAGUAUCUCGAGAGAAAAACCAACUUUAUUUUUACAAUAUUUCGAAAAUGACGAUUUCAAAUAUAAAAGUAAAAUAUAUAUAUAUAUAUAUAUAUAUAUAUAUAUAUAUAGAUAUAUAUAUAAAAGUAGACGAAUAAUAUGUAAUAAAGCGUUAUAUUUAUCAUUUGUUCAAUACGCAAACCUCUUUAUGGUCGACGUGUGCGUGUGUAUUAAUUAUAUUAAAAAAUCGCAUUGUAAAAUGCACUGAGAAUUAUAUGAAUGAUCGACGAUUAUAUGUAUACGUCUACGUGAUAUAUAAUGUAAUUGUAUAACUGUGUGUGCUCAGCAACAUCUUAAUUCUUGUUUUCGUAAAAUGGGGAAACUUUCAAACUUCUCCGCAUUUGUUCUUUCUAAAAUUGCAUACCAAUCAAAUGCUGAUCGGUAGAGAGAAUGAAAGAGAUCGAAUGAGUCCAAUCUAGGACUACUAGAAAAUUGACGUUUUACUUGUUUCGCUUUGAUAUAUAACAUAAAAAAAUGAUAUUCAUAAAAAGAGAAUAUUGUUAAUGAACAUUUAUUUUUUAGGAUGAAUACAUAACAGCUGAAAUUCUUGAUGUGAAAUUGUAAUAGCGUAGGCCUAUGACAUUUUAAAUUUUUACAUAUGCCGCAAAAUAUUUCCUGACGCACGAGUGAAUUUGAACGACCCGCGUAAAUACAACCCUGCGAGAUGUUUCCGAGAGUAUUUAUUAUGCGUUAUAAAUACCAUCGCGUUUAGCUCCUUGUGAUUCUCAUGUUACUGUAUAAAUCUUUACGCGAAAAAGAUGUUGCGCGUCUCACGCUGAUUAGAUCUCACGAAAAUGCCAGAUUUCACGUAUCGAAAUUAAUUAAAAUUAAUGAAGCUAAUUGUAACGCGAGACGCUAUGAUCAGGCUACAGCAGGACUGAUAGCUCGGAAUAUCGCUUUUUUAAAUAUAUUUCAAUAUAGGAAUAAUUAAAAUAUUACAUAAACAUUACAUUGUUUGACAUAAACGUAACAUACACGAAUGAGAUUAAAACUCAUGAUGUAAUCGGUAUGCUAUACUCAUAGACUUAGUAAAGUCUAUGAUUAUACCUUUACCUUAGGGAUUGUAAGAAAAUUCACUGCAUCUGUGAUGCAAUUUUUUGAAGAAUGAAUAAUCCGCGUAAAGUGAGCGUUAUGUGUGACAGCGGAAUGUAUUUACAUUACAAAUUUAAUUUGUAUUUAUUCCGUAUUUAUAAUCUGCAGAGUGACAUUCGGAAAACUUAGGAACACAGCAGAAAAUAAAAGCGUAUAAACGAAAUUUUUUAUAUUAAAUAAAAAUAAAAGAUAUAACGUACUUACAUAUAGUUAUAAACGAAAAAUUAUAUAUAUAUAUAUUAUAUCUAAUAUGUUAAUAAAUUAUUUAUAAAAUUAAAUUUAUAUUCACAAAUUAAAUUUAUAUCACAUUGCACUUCAUAUAUCAUCAAAUAUAGAUAGUCAAUAAUUCAAUUUAACCAUGUGUUGACAACAGAAUGUUAUGAAAAAAACUCAGAAUUCCAAAAGCUCAAACUUUAUUUUCAUAUUUCGCGAAAGAAAACUUAAUAAAUACUACGCAUAAUAUAAUAUAUAAAUCUACAUAUAUAUAUAUAUGUAAUGAUAAAAUUUUGUAAAUGUGUUCCUUUAACACGCUAACAAAUACAAUGAAUUGUGGACCAAAGAAAAGUAGCUUCGUAAAACCCAUCGAGCACCACAUCAUACUCUUUCGAAGUUACUUUUGCAAAAAAAUUAGAAUCAUAAUCACUAACUGUGAACAAUUGUUUAUCUGUACAUGUUCCUAAAUUUUCCGAGACGUUAUCAUAUAUAGAGAAUUCGAUCAUGUUAUGUCGCACUGAUGUACAUCAAAAGCUAUACUACACGUGAAAUUAUCCAAAUACAAAAAUAGCUUGAUUGGUGAAAUACAAUAUUACAUUCUAUCGAAAUAUUUCUUGUCAUUUCUUCGCCAUACAAUUAGUCAGGCAGAAGUUUUAUCGUCAAUAAAAAAGUAUCAGCAACAGAAAGAUCAGGCUUUGUGUCAUAUUGAUGAUUAAAUUAAAAAUCUUUUGUUCAUGUCUCAGUAGCGACAUUAAAUUAAAUUAAAAUUGUUUAUCAUCCACUUUACCUAAUCUGUUAAAACGCAACUUUAAAACACACUCAGCGAUCUACUAUCAUUGAUUGAUAAAAAGUAUCAAUCAAUAUUAAUGCAAUAUUUAUGCUUUAUUAUUUAAGUAAUUUAAGUACAGUAUAGUUUGCAGUACAUCAUUGCGAAGUAGUGUAGGUAAUCGAAUUCUCCAAGUCCAUCAGAAAAUAUCUGCUAUUUCGAUCGUUUCACAAUAAUCGUUCCGUAUCUAUUUUUUCCUUAUCUACUUUCGGAUUGCUAAUAUAUGUUUAAUUAUCAUCGAUACAUUUUACUUAACAGGAAAAAAAACAGAAAAAAUAUAACAUGUCUGUGUAAAAUUAA